UUUCAGCCCGCAACAGAUGAGGAGGAGGUUGCCUACGUCUCCCUGUUUUCGUAUUUUAGCAGUAGAGGUCGCUUUGGGGUUGUUGCCAAUAGCAGCCGCUCUCUCAAGGAUGUGUACCUUGUCCCACUAGGUGCAAAAGAAUCAAUCCCAUCGAUGCUACAACCUCUUGAAGGGCCAGGGCUUGAAAAAAACCGACCCAAUCUUCUGCUGGGUCUUGCAAUUAUCCAGAAGACAAAACGUCCAGGUGGCUUGCCUCAGGAAAUUGAAGAAAAGAGACCCAAAGUUCAAAUGUCCAAAGACCCAAUGUGGAUGCCAAAACCACCAGUCCUCUACGGUUCUAACAAAUCUGAGAUAUUCCAACCCUAUGAUCCAGAGACUCCUGCUACUUCUUUCCAUCCUCGUUCACCAUCUUGCCCUGGCUCACCAUCAGAUUCUUCGUCUUCUGGCUCAGUUACCGUACCAUCUCUUUUGACUUCUAUGAGAGUGACUCCUCCUGUUUCUUCCCCUUUUGGUGUUUCUGCAUCUACCUCCAAUAGCAUCUCGGACAAGAGAACCAAAACAGAAUCUAAUGACAAAACACCACUACAGACUAUUAUGAAAUCUAUUUACAGCAACAAGCAAACUGACUCUAUGGCCUCUGCUGAAGGAAGUUCUGCAGCAAAGACAUGGGUUAAAAACAAACAUGUGUUUUCUCACGUGUCUGGAUCAAUGGUGGAUCCAAUCGUCCAACAAUAUGGGCAGAAAUCCAAAGUGAAAAAGAUAGAAGUAGAGGAAAACUACUAUGACCGACCAUAUGACCCGGAGGAGGAGUAUGAUCCAGCCAUGGGAUAUGGAGUGGCUGCUCCACAGAGCAUUGAAAAGAUUAAGAAAGAUGGCCCUGCAAUAACGGGCUUCGUGGAGGACGAUAUAGCCUAUGAUCCAGAGGAUGAGACUAUCUUCGAAGAUAUUCAAAGUGAUACUCAUGUUACAAAGGCCCCUGUUACAACAUCAGCUUCGACAUCAAGCCUAGCACCACCUUCUACCCAGGUUGUAACACCAUCUGCAACUACCACUCCGGUGGAAACUACCCCAGCUGCAGUCAUGCCAACUCUUCCUACAGGCAUUGUAGUUGUCUCAGCUGCAACAUUGUCUGAACAGCAGCGCAUGCUCGAGGAGCUUAAUAAGCAGAUUGAAGAGCAGAAACUACAGUUGAAAGAGCAGGAAGAGGCACUACGUCAACAGAGAGAGGCUGUGGGUAUGUUCAUGGCAAAAUUUUCUGUUUCUGAUUCCAUGAUGUCUCCUCCACAAAAAUCUUUGCCUCUUAGUCAACUGUCAUCACUGCAGUGUGGCGUAAUGCAAACAGAAUCCAGGCCAUCGGAAUCAACAGACAAGACCAGCAUCCCCACAGGGGCUGUGGACAAAUUAAAUGUAGAUUCACAAUCUGUUGAGUUAGAACCAGCCACUCCCUUCCCUGCUUCUGAAAAUGACACAGAUAAUGUAGAGCAAGAUAAAACGCAAAACAAUGUUGAGGAAGGUGAAAAGUAUUCUUCUGCCGGAGAGAUUGAAGAUUCUGAUGUAGCCUAUGAUCCCGAGGAUGAAUCACUCUUUAAUUUAAUUCAAGAGGAUGUAUUUCAAGGAAGCAGUAUGCAGACAUAUGAUUCAACAGGGAAUAGUUCUAGCCGCAAGGGUGCUCUGCCGAAUUCAUACAACAGCAGAAAGCGAAAGUCGUCACCAAAGAGGCGGAGUCAUCGUGAAAGGGACUCCCAUAGAAGUCCUUCAAGUAGGUCACAGAGGCAUUCUCCUUCACAUUCCCAUAGACGUAAAGAUAAGGAUAGACACAAAAGAAGUGAAAGCGACAGGUCAAGGCACAGAGCUAGAAACCCGUCUGAACGUCAGAGUCGCCAUCGUAGAGAGCAUAGUACACGCCGUCAUUCUCAUGGUCAUAAAAGAUCUCCAUCGUCUCCUAUAAAAAGAGAUUCUGCGUCCCUUUCACCGAAACAGAAAAGAGGACCUUUUCCUGAAGUCCCUGAGAAAUCAAAUUCUGCAAAUGUCCCGAGUGAUAUGCUGGAGUUGGUUGAUGGACAAUCUGUUGAGAGUAACACACCAUCAUUUGCCCCUGUUACCAUUAAAAAUGACCCACUUUCUGAGUGCCCAGAUAAAGACAUUUUGCCUCAUUCACAUAAACCUGUCCAUAAUGUGAAGCUUGAGAUAUCAGAACCACCAAAAUCCCAUGACCUUCAAAAUGAUUCAGUCAGUGGUUCAUCUACCCCGGUGGAAAAAAAACCUCAACAGCAAACCGUGUUUCACAAUAAAUAUGAAAAUACAGUUCCUUUACGAGAAAUUGACCCACCCCUUCGAGAUUCUCCUCAAAGCCCUGAUCCAGAACCACAAUUCUUGAAACAUAGCAGCAUAGAAAAGAGUGAAUCCUUUAAGACUGAGGAAAUCAGAGAUCCUGAGACACAUAUCAAAGUCUCAAUGCCAUUUGUUAAAGUUGAAAAUACUUAUCUGCCUAUUGAUGCUGAAGCAACCGGGCCCAAUAUAGUGGGAAGUCCAAAAUCAAAUAUCAGAAAUUUGGAUUUGAUAACUCUACAUCUACAUGACUCAAGUGUUAGAGAUCAAAGUAUGAUUGAGGCAGAGAAACAGUCAGAAGGGGGGAAAAUCCAUCCACAAAUGUUGGGUCAAGGGGGGACAGAUUUAAAGCUAGCCAGAGACUCAGAUCAUCAAGGCCCUGAAAUAGACCAACUGUCAAAACAUUUAAGGAAUCCAGGACUAGAUAUGAAACAACAGAUAGAGUCAAGAGACACAGAAAUUCCAGGGUCUGAUAGGAGAGGAGCAGGCAUGCAAGGCAUUCGCCCCAGCAUUUGGGGUCCUGGGCCACACAUUAGAGACUCAGGGGUGAGGAGUCCAAUGCAAUCAUCAGACAGAUUGGGGCAUUACACAAGUGGUUCAGAGUCAAGAGACCAAAAACAAAGAGGCGAGAGUCCACAUACUAGGGGUACGAGAUCUGCUAUUAUGGGUGUAGAUAUAAGAGAUCAGAGUCCAGAUUUAAGCGGUGCGGGUCCAUCUCUCAGCGAUGAAAGAAGUGUUGGAAUGCAAUCAAGACACGAUGACAGUUCAGUUUGUGCACAUGCCGAACAUAUGAAGGAGCAACAGACAGAUAUUAGGGCUGAAAGGAGUAGGCAUGGUCUGAACACAAGAGAAUCAGACACUAUGCUUGAGCCUAAAAGGCUAAAUCUGAUGGGAGGGUUUGGUCAAGAUAUUGAUAGUAAGGUUGGCUCAGAUACAACAGGUGAUAAAAGUGAGUCAAGUGCACGGAGACCAUAUCAAUUUAGCCAAGGGGACAGAGGUCCCAUACCCCAAAUUACAAAUCCAGACUGGAGAGGUUCAGCACCAGGUGUGAUUGGUCCUGAUAUGUUUGGUCAUAGAAGUCAAAAUAUAAGCCUGGCUCCAACAGAUUCGACUGGCCUUGAAUCAGACAGAAAAGAUUGGAGAGGUACAGACAGGGCAAAUUUAUGUUCAGGUACAGGAAUGCCAUUUAUGCAAAAUGAAUGGAUGGCUUACCACCCUGAUAAGAGAGGAGCCAACCUGGAGACACAGGGGCCUGACAGAGGACAAAAGGCUUUGGAUUUCAUGGCACCAGGACCUAAUAUGGAGGUUCAUAUGCCUGACAGGAGAGGGCCAGGAGGUCCAGAUUUCAGGAGACCAGAGUAUGAAAGGAGAGAUCCAACAAUGGACAAUCUAGGACCUGGCAUGAGAGGACCAGUGGUUGCCAGGAGGGGUCUGGCUUUGGAGCAUCCUGAAACUGACAGAAAGGAUCCUGGUGGCCUACAUUUCAGAGGUCCAGGGCCUGAGAGAAGAGGCCCAGCUAUAGAAGAUCAAGGACCUGACAUGAGUGUGCCGGUGGAUGCAGAUUUCAGGGAACCAUGGCCCAAAAGAGGAGGGCCUGAUAUGGUUGGUCGAGGGCCUGACAAAAGAGACCCUGGAUAUCUGGAUUUCCGAGGUAUAUCUAUGGAGGGCGCCGGAACUCACAGGACAGGACCUGAAGGAAGAGGCCCUGCUAUGGAGGGUCCUGGGACUGACAGGAGAGGGCUUGAAGGUCCCGAUUUUAGAGGACCAAGACCUGAAAGGAGAGGUCCUGCUAUGGAAGGUACUGGGGCUGAUAGGAGAGGACCUGAAAGUCCAGAUUUCAGAGGACCAGGACCUGAAAGGAGAGGUCCUGCUAUGGACGGUCCUGGUACCGAUGGGAAAGGACUAAAAGGUCCAGAUUUCAGGGGACCAAGACCUGAAAGGAGAGGUCCUACUACUGAAGGCCUUGGGACUGACAGAAGACGGCCUGAGGGUCCUGAUUUCAGAGGACCAAGACCUGAAAGGAGAGGUCCUACUAUGGAAGGUCAUGGGACUGAUAGGAGAGGACCUGAAGGUCCAGAUUUCAGAGGACCAAGACCUGAAAGGAGAGGUCCUGCUAUGGACAGUCCUGGUCCUGAUAGAAGAGGACCUGAAGGUCCAGAUUUUAGAGGACCAGGACCUGAAAGGAGAGGUUCUGCUAUGGAAGGCCCUGGUCCUGAUAGAAGAGGGCCUGAAGGUCCACAUUUUAAAGCACCAAGACCUGAAAGGAGAAGUCCUGCUAUGGACGGUUCUGGGACUGACAGGAGAGGACCUGAAGAUCCAGUUUUCAGAGGGCCGAGACCUGAAAGGAGAGGUACUUCUAUGGAAGGUCUGUGGGCUGAUAGGAGAGGACCUGAGGGUCCAGAUUUUAGAGCACCAGGACAUGACAGGAGAGGUCCUGCUAUGGAUGGUCCUGGGACUGACAGGAGAGGACCUGAAGAUCCAGAUUUUAGAGGGCCGAGACCUGAGAGGAGAGGUCCUGCUAUGGAAGGUCCUGGGACUAAUAGGAGAGGGCCUGAAAGUCAAGAUUUUAGAGGACCAAGAACUGAAAUGAGAAGUCCUGCUAUGGAAGGUCCUGGGACUGACAGGAGAGGACCUGAAGAUCCAGUUUUCAGAGGGUCGAGACCUGAAAGGAGAGGUCCUGCUAUGGACGGUCUUGGGGCUGAUAGGAGAGGGCCUGAGGGUCCAGAUUUUAGAGCACCAGGACAUGACAGGAGAGGUCCUGCUAUGGACGGUCCUGGGACUGAGAGGAGAGGACCUGAAGAUCCAAAUUUCAGAGGACCAAGACCUGAAAGGAGAAGUCCUGCUAUGGAACGUCCUCGCACUGAUAGGAGACGACCCGAAGGUCCAGCUUUUAAAGGAACAGGACACGAAAUGAGAGGUCUGACUAUAGAUGGCCCUGGACCUGGCAGAGGAGGACCCGGAGGUCCAGAUUUCAGAGGGCCAGGAGCUGAGAACAUAAGUUUAUUGAUAGAGAGUCCUGGGCCUGACAUUAGAGGACCUGUGGGUUCAGAUUUCAGUGGGCUGAGACUUGCAAGAAGAGGUACUCCUUUGGAGGAUACUGGGAUUGAUUGGAGAGGACCUGCGGGUCCAGAUUUCAGAGGACCGGAGCCUGAAAUGAGAGAUCCUGCUAUGGGGGGUCUUGGAAUAAACAGGAGAGGACCUACAGUGCCUGAUAGGAGAGGUUAUUCUAUGGCCGGUCAGGGGCCUGACGUGAGAGGAAUUGAAAGUCCACAUUUAAGAGGACUAGGACUUGAAAGGAGCUGUCCUACUAUCGAAGGCCCUGGGACUGACAGGAGGGGACCCGAAUGUCCAGAUUACAGACCACCAGGAAGUGAAAGGAGACAUCCUGCUAUGGAGGGUCCUGUCAAACGAGGACCAGGGCAUCCAGAUUUCCAAGGACAAGAGCCAGAAAGGAGAGUACCAGCAGGUCCACACAGAGGGCCUGGCUGUCAAGGUAGAGGUCACUCUGUGGAGGGACCUAACUGGAGAGGAGGACCAGGAAAUCAAAAUGCUGGUGGACUUUGUCCUGAUAAGCCAGGCCCAUAUAUGGGGCUUUCUGGGCCUGACUCCAUAGGAAUGGGACAAGACAGACCACCUGGUACUCAAAGUCAGGGAAUGGGAGGACUACACUUCAGGGGUCCAGGGUCUGACCGAGAGUAUCCAAAUAUGGAGGGCCUAGGGCCUGAUAGGAGAAUGGCAGGUGGUCCAAACAUGAGGGGACCAGGACUUCAACAUCCAGGUUCAAACAUACAGGAGCCAGGGCCUGACAGAGGGAAUUUCAUGGGUUCUGGGCCAGAGAGAAGGCCUCCAGAUAUGAAGGAAAAAGAUAAUAGUAUGAAUUUUCCAGGACCCCCACAGUUCAUGGGUCCUGAACUAAAAAGAUACCCUCUAGAAAUGGAUGGCCCAGAGUUUGGUAGGAGAGGUCCACCCUUCAGAAGCAUGGGGCCUGAAAGAGCUGUUUCGGAGGGACAUGAUACUGGUCCAAGAGGUCCAGAUUUUGGGGCACCAGGUUGUGAAUUCAGAGGUCCAGACAUUGAGAGCCCAGGCCCUGGUAGGAGAGAAUCACGAGGCACAGGCUUCAGGGAACCUGGACCUGAAAGGAGACGAUCAGUUGGUCCAGACAUGGGAGGCCCAGGCAUAAAACCGAGAGGACCUAAUACAGAAGGUCAAAGGCAUGAUAGAAGAAAUGACUGGGGAAUGGCUGAUUUUGUGGACUCAGAUGCUAACCGAGAAAUCCCAGGUAUAGAGGGUCCAGGAUCUGAUAGAACAUGUCGAAAUAUGAGGGGUCCAAGGCCUAUCGGGAGAAAUGUUAAAAGACCAGGGCCAGAUUCUAGCCAAAUUCGGGGAGAGAAAUUGAGGGACGCAAACAUACAAGAACAAUGGUCCGAUAUGAGAGGGCCAAAUAUGGAGGCUGUCAACAAUGAGCAAGAAUAUUCAGGAGAUCAUUUGGAAAGACAUGGCAACAGGGGCCCAAUACCUAUCCAUGAAGGUCCAGAUGAGCAGGGCCAAGAACGUGGGCAAGGUCUUCAAAGUGAAUGGAGAUGUGCUGGAGAGAGGGGUCAAACACCAGUACAGGAACAACACAAUUUUAGUUUUCCAGGGCCUGUUAUGGGUCCACAAGAUGAUUGGAAUGCUACAGGUUGCGGUGGUCCAGGGCCUUUCCAAGAUAAUCCAGACAUGAUGUACCAAGGUCCAAGGGGAGAACCUGGAAAUGAACAGAGAGAGCCUGAUAGACGAGGUGCUGGGUCAAACAGAGGUGGACGAGGGACAUAUUUUAGAGGAGAAAGAGAUCCAGAUAAUGGAACAAAAAGCCUUGAUGGAAGAGGUUCAGGUUUUGUGGGACCAGGGACAGAUAUGAAAGGGGGUCCAGAUAUGGCAAAUGACUGGAGGCAGCCAGACUUCAGGGGGGAUAUGAGAGGGCCAAACAUGGAAGGACCUGGUGCACAUAGGAGAGGUCCAAGAGAAUUUGAAGACUUUAAUAGAAGAGGUUCAAGAGGUUCAAAUUUAAGACGACCAGAACCUGUAAACAGAAGUUUAGACAUUGAGGGUCCAGGGGCUGAUGGAUUGUUUUCAGAUUGUGGGGGGCUAGGAUCUGGUAGGCGAGAGGCAGACAUGGAAAGCCAUGGACCAGGUAGACGAAGAUUUGAGCAUGAGUUUAGAAGGGAGAAGAGAGGUCCACACAUGAGACGGCCAGGGCCUGAUGAAAGUCCAGAUGCAAGACAUUGGCCUGGUAGGUGGGAUCCAAACUAUGAUGUUCCUGGGUCUGAUAGAAGAGGUCCAGACAUGAUGGGCCAGGGUUUAGACUCCAGUGGAUCUGAGCCAGCCAUGAUGAAUGACAUGCAAGCUAUAAGACAUUCCGAUGAAUCUGCAUCAUGUCAUUUCAAUAGUCCACAUCACAUGAACAGAUUCCAAGGUCCUAGUAAUCCACACUCUGCAGUGUUCAAUGGAGCCCCAGGUUUUCCUUCAAACAGUGGAAAACCACAGAGACCUAGAGCAGCCUUACUUCCCACUCCAUCAGAGGGUCCUAUGCGCUCCCCAAAUGUGAUCAACCAUUCUAAUGUCUUCAGCCCGAAACCAAAACAGAUGCAUUUCUCUGCAGACAGGGAGUGGAGUAGAGAUAGAGCAGUGGGUCAAAACAGACAGUUAAGCCAAGGGCAAAGAGAAGAGCAGGAGAAAAGUCCUGCUGGUAAAAUUAGCACAUUGGCAGAUGCAAACACAGGGUUGGGAAAUGAAAAAAGGCCGGAGAGUAGUGAAACUGAUAAACAAGGGAUCAGUUGAAGUAUAAAUAGGGACGGGAAUAAAACAAAUGUCAAGCCAGGUUAGAGGAGGGCAAAAAAUCGAAAUGCUUGGGCCCCCUCAGUGCAGGGGAUGGAAAGAGAUACGACAACAUAACCACACUGAAUGUAUCAACGGUCAAAGCCAUGCAAGAUCACACAUUGUUGCUUGAUAUGGAAAUGCUUAGGAUAUUUCAGUUCAUGUUGUUGUAGUUUUGUGUUAAAUUAAUCAUUUAUUUUUGUUAUUUGGUGAAAUGUCUCUUAAACCUAACCAGCUGUGAAUUUCCCUUCGAAAACACAGAAUUGUUUUGUACAGAAAAUGUACAUUUUUAGUUUUUUUUUAACAUAGCCAUAGUGUCGGUACAGUAACCUUGAUCUGGCUUUUAUGUUCCUCUGCUGAUACAACGUAGCUUGUUUCAAGUAAAUAAAGUUACGUAUACCUUUUUUAAAA